AAUAGCAACAAAGUUGUUCACAAACCACUUUGUGGUUUGCAUUUGGUUUCAGCCAGCUUCGGGAGCUCGUUGCCAUGAGGAAAACAACCUGCCCUUUCCUGGCCGGCCGGGGAAGGGCCGCGGCCGUGUGAAGGAAGAGCUGCCGCCCAAGGUGCGAAGGGGGCAGUGAUGGUACCUGGGCAGAGCCCGGGGCGCCUCAGCCGGCGGAGCCAGGCGAUGAGAGCAGGGGAGGAUGAGGAGCGCGGCCGCUCCCGGCUCCCGGCGGCCGCAGGUUGUGGGACCUUCACCUUUCUGUCUUCUGCCAUUGCUGCUAUAAGUGGACUUCUGAUGGGCUAUGAGUUGGGCCUUAUCUCCGGAGCUCUUCUUCAGAUGAGCAGCAUUUUAACACUCUCUUGCAAAGAGCAGGAAGUCAUUGUAAGUUCCCUGCUUUUUGGGGCCUUAUUUGCAUCCCUUACUGGUGGAUUUCUUAUAGACAGAUUUGGAAGGCGACUUGCUAUUAUUAUUGCAUCUUCUUUACUUGUGAUGGGGAGUCUGCCCAUUUUGCUGCCCUAUGAAUCAUACAAGAUACUCAUUGUGGGCCGGAUCGCCAUAGGUGUUUCCAUAUCAUUAUCAUCAAUUGCAACGUGCGUGUAUAUCGCUGAGAUUGCCCCACAGCACAGAAGAGGCCUCCUUGUAUCAUUAAAUGAACUCAUGAUUGUGAUAGGCAUUCUCUUUGCCUAUAUUUCAAAUUAUGCAUUUGCCAGCAUAUCUCAUGGCUGGAAGUACAUGUUUGGCCUCGUGAUUCCAUUAGGGGCUUUGCAAGCUAUUGCCAUGUAUUUCCUUCCGCCAAGCCCUCGGUUUCUUGUGAUGAAAAACAACGAUGAAGCAGCAAGAAAAGUACUGGAGAGGCUACGAGAAGCAUCAGAUGCUACUAAAGAGCUUACUGUGAUUAAGUCUUCCCUGAAAGAUGAACAUCAGUAUAGUUUCUUGGACCUGUUUCGUUCAAAAAACAACAUGAGGGCCCGAAUGCUGGUAGGACUCACUCUAGUGUUCUUUGUGCAAACAACUGGGCAACCCAACAUCUUGUUUUAUGCAUCAACUGUUUUGAAGUCAGUUGGGUUCCAGAGCAAUGAAGCUGCCAGCCUGGCUUCUACUGGAGUUGGAGUGGUUAAAGUGGUCAGCACAGUCCCAGCCACGUUUUUUGUGGAUCAAGUUGGAAGUAAAACUUUUCUGUGUAUUGGCACUUCUGUUAUGGCAAUAUCGUUGGUCACUAUGGGUUUAGUGAACCAUAACAUACAUGUGAAUUUCACCAAGGUCUGUAGAAGCCAGUCUCCAGAGGAUUUGUCUCUCCAGAGACCAGGAAACUUCACUGUCACCAAUGGGAGUCUCAAGGACCUCUUUGCUAGCAUGACGUCAACAGAAAGAUUGUCAUUUGAUGUACAAAGCCCAGAUGUUGCCAGGACAGGAGAACUGAACAGGACUGCCCUGGCAGGAGGCAAAAGCACAACAGGGUCUCACAUGGAAAGUGGGGAGGUUCCUGUUGUCCUGAAAUGGCUCUCACUGGCCAGCCUGCUUGUCUAUGUUGCUGCAUUUUCCAUAGGUCUUGGACCAAUGUCCUGGUUGGUCCUGAGUGAAAUUUUCCCUGGUGGGAUCAGAGGACGGGCCAUGGCUUUGACAUCUAGCAUGAACUGGGGUAUAAAUCUCCUCAUCUCCUUGACGUUUUUGACUGUAACUGAGCUCAUUGGCUUGUCCUGGGUGUGCUUCAUUUACACAAUAAUGAGCCUAGCAUCACUGGCUUUUGUUAUCAUGUAUAUACCAGAGACGAAAGGAUGCUCUUUGGAGCAAAUAUCCAUGGAACUAGCUAAACAGAAAUACGUGAGGACGCCCUUGUGCGGGGUGAGCCAGCGCAGAGAGAAACUGGUGCCGGUGGAACUUGCCAAGAGAGAGAAAGAGCAGCUCUACUAGAGGCGGGGCGAGCAAAGCAGCCUUCACCACAAGACUGAUAAAAAAAAGAAAAAAAAAAAAAAUGCUCUGUGAUGCUCACACUCUUAUGGGACACGCGGUAUUGUUACUAUACACAAGAUACUCUCUCUUUUAUUUCUUGGCAGAACUCCUUUCAGCGGCAGUUUACAGCCAACAUUAAAGGUUGUUAUAGUUUGUAACUAACUGGAAAUCUAGGCUCUGUCUCUUUCAAACCAGCAUCCCUCAGAUCCCCCGAGGUUACUCACCUCCUGCAUACAGGAGGUGAAUGGAAACUGUAACAUUGCACACAAUUCUUCUAGUCCUAUUCAAUGAGAGUUCAGUCUGGAAGAAGUGCAAAGAAGAAUCAGGGUGCCAGGGAGAAGGAAGAGUCUCACAGGAGGAGCCUACCAAAGACAGGUCUGUUUAGGCUGGCAAAAAUGGGGCUGAAAAGGGCUAACAACCCUGUUGGUAAGUCAGGGAAAACAAUGCUGUGGAACAAAAAAUGGACAACUAUGGAAUGCAAAGGAUGACAUUAGUGCCGAACUACUGGAUAUAAACUUUUUAUAAAUUAAUUUAGAAUUCAGCUUAACAAGAUUUGAAAAAGGAUCUCAUUCAGCUAAACUUAAUUAUUUAUAACGCAGAGCACAGUCAAGUUGUAAGGGGAAUUUUACAUACAUUUUCUCAGUAGGGCCAGAAUUCAGUGAGCUAGGAGCUACUUCUCAGAAAACAUUGUCAGAUUCUUUAAUGUGGGACAUUAAAUGCAUCACUCUCUACAACUACCUGAAUAGACAUUGUAGCCAGGUGGGGGUAGGCCUCUUCUCCCAAGCAAUCAGUGACAGCAUGAGAAGAAACAGCCUCAAGUUGCAGCAAGGGAGGUUCAGGCUGGGUAUCUGGAAGAAUUUUUUCACUGUAAGGACAGUUAAGCAUUGGAAUGUCAAUUGCCCAGGGAGGUGGUGGAGUCAUCAUCUCUGGAAGUGUUCAAGAAACCACUGGAUGUGGCACUUUGUGCUAUGGUUUAGUUGGCGUGGUGGUGUUUAGUCAAAGACUGGACUCAAUGACAUUGGAGCUAAUUUCCAACCUUAUUGAUUCCAUGAUUUGCAUAACCAAUUAAUCUUAACUGAUGAUGGCCUUACAGAAGCAGAGAGAGGACUUCUUUGGCCUCUCAUUUCCAUGAAAGUUGGAAACUGAAGAUACCAGAGUCGAUGCCAAAACACAUUUAUUUCUCAACACAGGGCACAAGUAGACUUUGACUUUUGGACUCAGAAAGUGAUAAUUGUGUGGUACAUGGCACUGCACAGGGAGUUCAGGAACCCUAAUAACUGCAGAUCAUAAAUUAUGUCCAGUUCUUGGUUAUUGCUUAGCAAGCGUAUCCUGAAGUACUCAACAAGCCUCUACAAAAGGUUAUCCAUAUGGCUCCCAUAAAAGAACGUUUUUUUUCUUCUUAGUAGGUUAAAAGAUAGUUAGUUAUCAGUAGAUAAAUAUUUAUUAGCAGAUAAAUAAAUGGUUCUUUGUUUAAAGAAACCAAUGCAUGCUUUAAAAGCAUGUUGACUCUCUCUAGCCACAAAGUGGCAUUUCUUCCAGCAUUUCAUCGAGGCAGCAAGACUGACAGAGUCAGCUGGAGGGCAGAUACUAGUUUGAACUAAGCACGUGAUCCCACUUUAUUUGCUGUCUCAUAGCAUUAAAACCACCUGACUGUUCUGCACUGAAAGAAAAGUGACUUACUGACCCAGAUAAAGUUUUACUUCUGAGCAAAGCAGAUCAGUUCUGAUCAGAUUCUCACAUGGUUGCACUUCUAGAUACUGACUUUACAAAUUUAUAUGAGCAAGUCUAGUCAAGACAGUGAGGUCAUGCUCAAAACCUGAAAACAAACUAUUGAAGCCAAGGCCAUUAUUUGCCUGAAGUCACUGAAAAUUUAGCUACCUCAGGAUGAGAGCCUUAAUUUUAUAGCACUGAUAUCUAUGAAAAUCUCUUCACCUGCUUCAUGUUUAUGCCAGAGGAUGGUUAUCAGUAUCAUGCAUUCUACUGAAUUAGCUUCAGAAUGAAAAAUAUUAAGGUGACUCUGGGUAGUCUUCCAAAUAUGCUGUCGACAUAAUUCUUAUACUAACAAGUGCCUGGGAUUAAUUCUAGUAAUAUUUAGUAUGACUGUAUUUUAAGACUAUGUCACAGGAAAUUAAUCCAUUUCCUGAUCCUGGACUUUACCAGGUAGUGGACUAUUUGCAUUUCCUUUUGUGUUCCCAUUUUCUCUGGCUGGUGCUGUUUUUCGAUAGCUGCCUCUAGAUAGCAGAUGUUUGCACGUACAAUCCAAGCCUGUACUUGGAUUUUUUAAAAUUUCUAUUACAUUGUAUUUAGUGAAAAGGGCCUCUGCAAAAUCUUUACAACAUUGCAGCUUCCCAAACCAACCUCUGCUGUAAUAAAUUUUCUUAAUGUUCUUUUAAAAAAUAAAUUUA